AUGGCACGACCAGUAGCUGCGCAGGGGUUGUUUUCUUUGGGGACUUCAAUUACGCUGGUCAAGCUCGUCAAGAAGCUAAUGGAAGGUGGUACUGUGGAAGAAUGGUGGAAUGUGUCGCCUCAAGCUCAGCAAUCAUCUACAUACAUUGUAGACUACCCAAUUAUCACAACAGAGCCCAGAAAUAUACACAAUCAAAAGUUAACUUGGCCCCAGGUGCUGAGGUUUUUCAUUGAGCAGGUGGAAGAAAUGGACCUACAGCUAGCCUGUUUUGUUCUCUUUCUCUGCUUAUUGGGACCUCUAAUAUGGUCGUUAUUAGAUACAAAGAGUUCCAGUGCAGCCGGUAACAGUCUUUUGCAUAAUGUUUCCACGCAGACCGAACAGGAACCAGAGGAGAAGGUCACCGAACGACAUUUUCACUACGACCCUGCUGAAAGGGCACUUUUACAGUUUGGUAGAUCCAAAUCAGAGUCAGUGCUAAGCGUAUUCAAAUACAGUCCAAUUCAGUUUGAUUACAACGAGCCUGAAGAGGAGGUUGAUGAAAUUGUAGCCGGAUGCACGAUUAAGACUGAACCUAUCCAAAAGACCCCCUUGGAGAUAUUAGAGGAGAAACGCCGCUCUGGGGUUGUAAAACCUUUUGCGCCAAUUGACCAAGAGGUUAUCUUACGGUUGGAUACGGCCCUCAGUAGUCAAAAGCAAUUCAAAGACUCCAGCCAGCUGUGUCCCAAGGUCGAACACCAAGUACUGGUACAAAACUCGAGCGGUAACAUAUCUCCGGGCAAUAGAGAGGCACCAUCGGUGAAGUCUGCGGGAUCACUGCCCAGUUUCAGAGGAGCACCGUUAGAGAGGGCUUCCUCUGCUCAAUCGCUCUCUUUUUUGCAGAUUCAAAUUUCACCAAGAAAGACAAGCCAUGUGGAAGUGCAAGUAAAUCCAGAACAGGCCUACUCACAGCCUUUCACUUACUGA